AUGGGUGCCGUGGGCGCGCUGCUGCGGCCGGCGGCCUGGAAGCUGAACCAGAGGCGUGACAUCUCCUCCUGGCUGGCCAAAUGGUUCCCCAAAGCCCCAGCCAAGUCUGUGGUGGCCCUGAAAACGCCCAUCAAGGUGGAACUGGUGGCGGGGAAAACCUACAGGUGGUGCGUGUGUGGCCGCAGCAAGAAGCAGCCCUUCUGUGACGGCUCCCACUUCUUCCAACGCACCGGCCUCUCUCCGCUCAAGUUCAAAGCCCAGGAGACCCGGAUGGUGGCCCUGUGUACCUGCAAGGCCACCCAGAAGCCCCCGUACUGCGACGGCACCCACAGGAGCGAGAGGGUGCAGAAGGCAGAAGUGGGCUCCCCACUCUGA